GAAACACGCAAAUUACACCGCACGAGCACAGACAACAGACAGGACAACCAACCCACAAUGCCAUAGCAUCAUCGUCGACAUCUGUAGGAGCGGCAAGAGCGCUAACAGAAACAUCAGCAGCACCAGGACCAGCAUCAGUGCCAUUGCCAGUACCAGUACCAGCCAGCAACCAGCAUCAGUAGUAACGUAGCAAAAAAGACACGAGAACUAUCCCAAGAAUUCCAGCACAUCACUGUGUCGCAUGUCGAGACUGAGUCAAAUGCCGUCAGUCCUUAAAUUACUUCAGUACGAAUUGAAGCUGUCAACGGGAUCGUGUGUGCACGUGCUCCUACUUCUGCUCGUAACGUGCUGCUGAUACGCCAAUAAGAACUGAAAAUACGUAAAUUUGUUCGUUCGCUCGCUGGCUCGCUCGCCACAUUGACACUUCGUACAUUCGUUGUUUGAUUUCUUUGGGAGCGCCUUUCCGAUGGUGUGUGAGUGUGUAUACGUGAAUGUUUGAACUUGCAUGAGAGUGUGUGUAUGUGUGUGGUGUCGACUGUUGUUCCUUUUACUGGUUCCGGUGCGUUUAUGACGUCCAAUAUGACACGGCUGAUGAUGUUGAUGAAGACGAUGAUGACACGGUAACGGCGUCCACGAUGUAUGAGUUUCGUAUUUGUGAUUUACGUUAUGUUUACACUUAGGUCAAAUCUGUAAGCCUUUCCUUCAAUGCGACAGAAUCGAACAAAACAAGAAAAAAUAGAAAUAAACACACUCAGCAAAGAACAACAACAGACAAACAAAUAAUAAAAAAAAAAUGUUAACACAAAAGAACUGAAAAAAAGGAAUAAACAAAACAAGAAAGUAAAUAAAACAAAAAAGUGGCGCACAUGGAUGGAAAUAAACGCAAAUUCACAGAAAAACUGAGGAAUAAAAUUUAACACAUUUCAUGGUACAGCCAGCGGAAAAACGAAAUGAAAAGUGUCAGUGAAAACGAAUCUUGUGAAAAUAUAAACUGAGCCAACAGUCGUACCAAGCCAACGACACACAACACCAACAAAAACAGCAAAUCCAUAUGAAUCGAAGAAACUGGUUUCAACUACAAAAUAUGAUUAUACUUUACAUUUAUCAUAGAAACGCGUACACUUCUUGCCACCAUCGCAUCAUUUAUAGUCGUGGGCUGGUGCCCGCCCCAUCACUGCUUCGCCACCCCAAACCAAAGAAAGCAAAAACGUCUUGUGCUGCUGCCGCUGCUUCAGCUAUACCAUAAGCUCGAGUCAAGGAAACCACAAGUUAAGGAGAACGCCAUUUUAACGGGUUUCCUGCAAAAUAUAUAUCUCAUACUAAUGCCGUAUUUCACGCAUUUCCGGUUUGUUUUCACACAGUGCACUGCAGCGAAGGAAUAGAAAAACGUGAAUACAAGAUAUCCGGACGAACGCGAAACUUUACCACGAUUUACCAGCAACGCCAACCGAACUGAUACAGCCUUCAUCCACAAAUGGUAAAAUCCUCUUCCCUAGCCAUCCAAUCUCUUCUUGUGUGCGAUAUUUGUAUAAAUACUUUAACGAUUGUCGGCGAAAAAAAAACCAAACGGACGACGCAUCUGACUGCGAAAACCCGUAAAAAAGAAGAAGAAAUAAAAACAAAAAUAUAAAACUUAAAUCAACCAAUCUGCUUGGCACACAUACACUUACUUACACACGUGAAAACUCUGCCACAUUGUCUGUGAAGGCAAUGAAUUGAAUUUGCAAAAAGUUAAACUUCACAGAAUACCUUGAGGAAGAAAUCACAGUUGACUGAACGUUGCCGGGGAUUAAACGAGGAAUACGAAAAAUCUCAUCACAAUCGCCAUCAUCAUCAUCAUGGACAGCAUCCAUAUAUUCCUCAUGGUGAUUCUUACAAUUGAUGUACACCUGAAUCAUGCACUGUACCUUACAAAUCUAUCCGUCCCUCGCAUAAUUGAUGCAUCACAAAAAGCGAAGCUCUUCUGCAGCUACAGCAUUGGAAACAAUACGCUCAACUCGGUUAAAUGGUACAAAGACGGCCAAGAGUUUUUUAGAUAUUCGCCGCUAACUCCACCGACUAGAAAUUGGUUUCCUGUUAAAGGAGUUUCAAUUGCUGCCGGCUCCUCUCACUGCAAUCAAUUCAUUUGUGAGGUAGAAUUGGAGAAACUAAGUCCACAGUCCUCCGGAUCAUAUCGCUGUGAAGUCUCUGGUGAUUCACCAGAAUUCAAAUUAAUUGGAGAAUCGUCAAAUAUGACCGUGGGUGUUUUGCCGAAAUUUGAUCCAUUUAUCAGCGGUCUACAGCAUACCUACAGAUACCAUGAUUACAUCCAGUUGAAUUGCAGUUCGGAGGGGUCAAAUCCUCCGGCAGCACUUACGUGGUACAUCAACAACAAAACGGCUGCCGUUAAAUCCGUAAAACCACAAAUCAACGAAAUAUCUCGAACGUCGGAUGGUUUCCAGUUAUAUUCCAGUAAUCUGCAAUUACUCAUAAACAUAGAUGACUCGCGUUUCAUAACGAAAAGUGAGGUUUUGGAACUGAAAUGCGUGGCCGACAUUCUGGGCAUACCGAGUGCGCGGCGUGAAACGAAAGUGAGAGCCACAAUUCUUGCACUGGCCGAUGCCAGCCACAAGCAACGACUGCAAGGCCCAAAUAGCUCAGCCAACAGCGUUCAAUAUGAUGGAAUGCCGGCACGUAAUGUAUUCAUUGCAGUGUGGACAUCAUCAGCGUUAAUAUCGAAAACGGGUGUGUGGCGCCUAAUUUACGACCUCAUGGCAAUGAUUCUGGCAAAUCGGAGUCAGGGUGCUGCCACGCACUGUGUGAGUUAGCUGCUCCCCGUUUGUCUUGUAGAUGCCUUGGGAUCCAGUCAUAAUACCAAACUAUUUAAGUUAACAUAUAAGGAGGGAUUAGUCGAAUAAGUGAUUUACCUUUACGAGAGCAUUCCAGUGUCCAUGAUAACGAAAACCCGCAGGAGAUUCGAGUGCAGGGAUGUCUGUCUGCAUGAUGACGAUUGUCGUGGAUGAUGUAUUUUGUGUAAGAAUCCAAGUGAAAUAAAUAAAGAUUAACAUACCGAUAUACAAAUUAAAUGUAUCCAUUAUUUGCACAUUAUUAGCAGUUAAGGAAUUGGGGCAGACUUUUGGAAACUUCCAGGUAAGACGAAAGCAAGCAUUUGCAUGAACUGAUGAAUUGGCAGAAUGACUGGCUACUUUAAUAAUUACUCUCGAAAUGCAUAUUCGAUGGAAAUUGAAAUUGAUUUUCUGUUUAUUGAACAAUUAAAAUAAAUUAAUUAAUUUAUAAUCUUCUUAUCGUGCCAUAA